CUCAGAUUCUUCCCCUCCUUAACUCUCUUGCCAUUUUCAGUAUCUCUGGGGACAAAAAGUACCUAGCAUUCUAUAAGAUGGUGACAGAAUUGAAGUGGGUUGAAACUUGAGGGCAGAGUACUAAAGUGGUCAGUUUCAUUGGUAGGUGGUCUGUCAUGGCCGUUGAGUCAACAGAAGAGUCACGCUGGGCUUGGAGUGGGGAGAUUUGUAGUAGGGAGAUCUGGAGUGGGGAGAUCUGCAUUCCUUGAUGACCUCCCUAAUCUUCCUAGUCCUCACUGGAACAUGAAGGAUUCUGCUGGUCAUCCCUGAGAUAUCCUUCCCAACCUUACCAUGUGAUGGUCUGUACCCCACAGGUGUCCUUGCCCAUACUGAUCACCUUGGUGUGUCAUCCCAACAACAUCUUGGCCUUUGUGACUCUGAGUAAGGCAGCCACAGAGGUAGCUCUGAAGGCACGGACCCUGGGCCGAGUCCCCUACCUCAGCAGCUUCCACCUCAAGCCUGACCAGGUCAUCUCCCCUCAGAAACUACUGACCCAUCUUAUUAUGCUUUCCCUGAAGCCUUACAGAGAAAAGGAGUUUGGUGUGAGCUCCUUAAGGCUCUUAUUUGCCCUGCAUCCUAUCACUUCCCUGCAUCCUGUUAUCAACUCAAGCGUGGGUCAGGUUUGGAAGAAGGAGAUCCCCCAGAUGUUGCGGAUCCUGGAUGAUCACACUGAGAAGACCCUGAAUCAGAAGGAGUGGGAGGAGAGACUCCUCCAGUUUUCAGGUCAGUCACUAAUGGCCAUCAAUGAUGAUGAUUGGCUGAAGCAACUCACCAAAGCCAUCCUGGAGAAGAUAAAUUACUUUAGUGACGAUGAGGAGAAGGCUUUCCUAUAUAAAUUCUUCGGCUUCACCCUGAGAACCUCAAGGAAUCUUCAUCUGGUGAAGACCACGCUCUUAUCCAUCCUGAACAGUGCCCACGAGGAGCUGCAGGAGAGAGAGGAGAGGGACCAAGUGAAGAUCUCAGCCAUCUCUGCUCUAAGCUACAUGUUACGUCGAAUUUUCAAAUUCAAGCCUGGGUCCUUCAUUCGCAAAGAGGUCUUCACUUUUCUAGUCCCAUUGCUGCUCAGCAUUCAGGACAACAAUAUUGAAGUGGUUAAGGCCUGUGGAGGGGCCCUGACUGAGUGGACUCAUGUGCUUGGCUGGUCAUCACUCACAGAGACAUUCCGGCAUACCACACUCAGUGAUCACAUCCAGGCAGUAGAAGAAACUUGCAAAUUCCUGGUGGACCAGGGCAAAUAUCAUCACCUUGGAGAGGUACUAUACCAGAGCUUUGGCUUCCUGAAGAGACCACAACCUUUCCUAAGGGCAGCUGCAGUCAAUUUCAUAGGAUUAACAACUAAGAGCAUAAACAUGAAUCGCAUACAUGAAAAUGAUGUGCAACUGAUACGGGAUGCUCUUGAAAAUGUAAAGAAUGAUCCCAAGGACUCUAUCAAGGCGAUGGUCAAUGUUAUCCUGACAAAGGUGGAUGAAGAUGUGAAGUUCCAGGGUUCCCAUACUUCGAGGCUGAGCCAAAUGAGCAAUAACUUCCUUAAAGGGUUUGGCAUCAAAACCCCAGACAAAAAGAAGCGCCUGUUUAAGAUUGUCAAACGGGACGUAGACAUUGAUGAAAAUCAUUAA